AUGGCCAAGUCCAAGAACCAUACCAUACACAGCCAGUCCUGCAAAUGGCACAGAAAUGGCAUCAAGAAACCCUGGUCACAAAGACACGGAUCGCUUAAGAGGGUGAACCCCAAGUCCCUGAGGAACAUGCGCUUUGCCAAGAAGCACAAGAAAGGCCUGAAGAAGAUGCAGGCAAACAACGCAAAGGCAAUGAGUGCACGAGCAGAGGCCAUCACUGCCCUUGUGAAGCUUGUCGCUGUUAAGCCCAAGAUGUCAAAGGACCCCAGCCACAAACUCAACCAUCUGGCUUUCAUUGCUCACCCCAAGCUUGGGAAGCAGAUUCAAAGCUACAUGGCCAAGGGUCAUAGGCUCUGCCAACCAAACCCCAAGGUUCAAACCAAGGCAGUGGCUGCAGCUCUAGCUAAGGCCAAGGCUCAGGCUCCCAAAGGUGCCCAGGCCCCUCCAAAGGCCCCACAGGAAAGGCUUCUGCCAAUGUAA